CUCUCAUUACUUCUUUAGAGGACAACCAAAAAAUAAAGCCCACAAAGCAAAUAACAAGAGCUUCAAUAAAAUGAAUACAGAAAACUCGAUCCGACAAGCAAUAUGUUGCUUGUUUCUUAUAGCAUACAUUGCAAGAAGCCAUGCUGCUGUUGUCAACAUUAAAACCAAAGGUGCUAAGGGCGAUGGCAUAACCGACGAUGGCCAGGCGAUAGUGAGUGCUUGGAACGAAGCCUGUGGAAGAGAAGCACCAAGCUCGGUGUUGAUUCCACCAGGGACCUAUAUGGUAUUUCCUCAGAUUGAUCUCAUUGGCCCAUGCAAGGCUCCAAUUAAGAUCAAAGCCACCGGAGCCGUCGUCAAGGCCCCACCUGAGCUUGAAAAGUUCACAACCACGUACUGGAUCGCCAUAAGGAAUGUUAGUAAGUUGACUAUGAUCGGUGGUACUUACGACGGUCAAGGCGAACAAACUUGGAAGCAAAAUUUAUGCCCGGACGGCGGGCCAGGACCUUGCCCACUUCCAGUCAAUCUUCAAUUCACUAAUGUCACAAAUUCAUUGUUGAAACACAUAACAUCUACCGAUAGCAAAUUCUUUCACAUGAGGUUAUCUUUAUGUGACAAUACAAGACUUGAUCAUAUCACUAUUUUAUCACCGGUAAACAGUGUCAACACAGAUGGAAUUCAAAUCGGGCGUUUAAGUGGUGUCAACAUCACAAACUCAGUAAUGAGAACGAAUGACGAUUGCAUUUCAAUAGGUCAAGGAUGCAGGAACAUCCGUAUUAAGAAUAUUAUGUGCGGACCAGGAGAUGGCAUAGGUAUUGGGAGUUUGGGAAGACGCGCAAAUGAAGAACCCGUACAAGGAAUCUGGAUUAAGAAUGUCACCAUGACAGGCACAGAACACGGAUUCAGGAUAAAGACUUGGCCUACUUCUUUCCCAGGAAGUGUUAGUGACUUGCAUUAUGAAGAUAUCAUCAUGAACAAUGUGUCAUUUCCCAUAUUCUUCGAUCAACAAUUUUGCCCUUUGAAUAACUGCCAGAAUGGAACUGCAUCAAACGUGAACAUAUCGAAUGUGAGCUUCAGGAAUAUCAGGGGAACAUCAGCAACUAAGGUGGCAUUGAAGUUUGAUUGCAGCGCAGAUGUACCAUGCAAGAACAUAAAGGUGGCUGAUAUUAAUUUGACAUACGAAGGACCUGAAGGAGGACCUGCCACCUCUGAGUGUUCUAACAUUAAACCCAAAGUCGUCGGUCAAGUUGUCCCUCCAGCUUGUCCAGGUGGGCCAGAUUAAAAAAAACAUGAUCUACUCCAUAUAUCGAUGGGCAAAGCAGAUGGGCGCGUAAUGGUUGUGGAAUUCUCUGAGGAAAUAAGUAAAUGAAAAAAUUCACACAAUUCCGGCGACAUUUCUACAUAGAUGUACAUUGCAUGUGCUGGAG